UGACAUAAUAAAGAGCUUAAUCUUUCACGAAAUAAAGACAUAGAAGCAUACCCAAUUAUACAGGUUCUACACAUUCCAUUUCUCCAUGGCAAUAGAAUGUAAACAUUCUAUUUUGCACCAAACAUCGCCUACAACUCAAUUCUAAGUGCAGCAUAUUGGACGACAACACAGUCAUUGAUCAUUUGCAACUUUAAGUCAUUCCUGUUAUCUCUAGAGCAUCCCGUAUAUCUAUAGCGCGGCAUUUCUUCCCCAUCUUUCCAUGGAUAGGGUUUGGUGCAUUCCGGAGUUCACUUAUGGUCCCACAAAGGAAUUCUGUAGAAGCAGCCUUUAUUUUCAGACUCUGCAGGCCUGCUGGGAGGAAACAUAUUACAAUAAACAGAAGAAGGUCAUGGUCCAUUAUCUGCUGCUCCAGAGUCAAGGCCAGGUCCCGCCCCAUGUCACCACGGAGCACAUGAGCAACUGGCUGGUGUCUCAGGGCAAAAAAUCCCUUAGGGAGAGGGUGUGGAAGGAAACCCUGGAGGAGGGAAACGACCUCGCUCGGCUGGCCUGGGAAGUAAACACUUGCCUAAAAAUGAUGGACAUAGAGCACGAGGCUUUCUGCAAGCUCCGCCGCUCCAUGCACUCCACCUCGCCAGCUGACAUCGAUCCUAAAGUCCACAGCAUCGUGGAGAGAGCUGUAAGGAGCAUUCUGGGCGUGCAGUCCAAUGAGCCCCGUAGCAACCUGCUCAGCCCAUCUCAGGUGGUGGUGGAGGUGGUGCCCAGGCUCCUCCUGGCCCUGUGGCUUCAACCAGAGGAAGGCCAUUCAGAGCACCCAAUCCUAAUAAGCGGGAUGGCCGUGGGCAUGGUGGCGGCCGUAGUGGAGAAGCUCUCCUGCAUGUUAAAGGACCCUUCACAUCACAUCCCUUUCUCCCGGGCUGCUGCUUUUGACUCUGUGCGGUCGAUCCUCGGGAGAAUCAGUCAGUCCUUCUCCACCGAUGACCUCCAGAGCCCUUUUUAUGUGGCGAACGAGGUUCAGAGCCGCUUCCAGCCCCCUGCAGCCACCCUACCAGUCCCCCCUGUCCUCCCGGUGGCCGUCUCCACCACACGACCAGCUGACAUCCAAGCAGACCCAGCAUCUUCCCACCUGGAGGUUGUGGACAUCACCCCCAAAACAGAGGCAGACCCGGCUUGUUCCCACCUGGAGGUUGUGGACAUCACCCCAAAAACAGAGGCAGACCCGGCUUGUUCCCACCUGGAGGUUGUGAACAUCACCCCUAACACAGAGGCAGACCCGGCUUGUUCCCACCUGGAGGUUGUGAACAUCACCCCUAACACAGAGGCAGACCCGGGUUGUUCCCAACUAGAUAUUGUGGACAUCACCCCAAAAACAGAGGCAGACCCGGGUUGUUCCCACCUGGAGGUUGUGGAUAUCACCCCUAAAACAGAGGCAGACCCGGCAUCUUCCCACCUGGAGGUUCAAGACAUCACCCCAAAAACAGAGGCAGAUCCGGCUUCUUCCCACCUGAAUGUUGUGGACAUAACCCCUAACACAGAGGCAGAGCCGGCUUCUUUCCACCUGAAUAAUGUGGACAUCACCCCUAAUACAGAGGCAGAGCCCAUCUCUUCCCUCUUGGAGGUUGUGGACGUCACACCUGAAGAAAGGACUCUCACGAUGGCCGUCUUCACCACUCUGCCAGCUGACAUCCAAGCAGAGGAUGUUGCUGUGGUCAUCCCGGAUGUCACCCCACACGUCACCAAGGACGUGACACUGGAUGUUCCAUGUAGAGCUAGGAAAGGGGCAGUCCGGCGAUUAUUUUGCAGGCUUUGGAAGGCAGUGUGCUGCUGCGCCUGCUACAAGGAAGAGGAGGAACAAUAUUAAUUAUUCAUCAGACAUUCAGAAAUGGGAU